AUGAAACGAUCGCACUUGGAAGCAACGGCAUCGGAUACGGAGGUGAAUGCGGAUGAUCAAGAUGAUGACGCCGGACCUUCCCGACCAGACUCGACCCACGAGCCCACUGCGCACGAGGAAGACCCUCGCAAACGGAUCAAGCUGGAUCGCGCCAAAGCCAAGAAGCAGCGCCAGAAGGAGAAUCGAAAGGCGGCCGCCGCUGCUGCCCUCGCUGGAGCUGCUGUAACAUGUGCUGCCAAUCCUCCAAUUCAAGUCGCUGCGACCAAGAUUAACCCCACCGAGUCCGAUGCGCGCGCAACUCUCGACGCAACAAGUCAAAACAAGACAGAUGGAACUGCCUUGACUGGCGAGAGUUCAUCGUCGCGCGUGGAACGCCGGCUGGGAUCGUCCGUGAGCGUGCCGCUGGACGAGAUUUGCUUCACGCAGAAGGACAUGUCGCCCCGAUUCAACGACACGCGUACAGUUCCUGAUCUAAUGCAAAGCUUUAUCGAUGGCUUGGGCGUGAUACCUGGCCGCGGCGGCAACGCAACUCCUGUUAUUGGCACCGCUGCUGCUCGUGGUGGUCGCAGUCCGUUCAGCGUGAUGCCCCGCAUCCGUGCGUUCACUCACCCUGGUGUCGUGCAGGAGCGAUGGUUUUCGUUGGACAACAGGCGACUUCGUGCAGCGGUGGACGCUUCCCAUGUUAUUCUAUUCCAGUAUAUCGAAGGCGAACUUAACAAGCGCGCUCUCUCGCCAGCGCAACUGCUUGCUGCUCAUGUGGCCGAGUCUCCAAGCAAUGCUGCUGCAUUUGAACUUCAGAUGCCUGGAAGCUCACCUCUUCCCCUACCACGGCUUCCACCCAUCUCAGUGGAGUAUUGCGACGUACAGCGUGAUGUCGAGGCCAAGAAAGAGUUUCACAAAAAGAACUCCAACACAGCCUGGAGCGUCGGAGGAGCGCCGCUCGGCUGCUUCAACAGCGCCAGCUCCUUUACCAAAAAGAGCACCAAUCGCGAAGAAAUACUGCAGCUUGGCAGCGCAAAUCUUUUCCUGAGGCGUGCCUCGCUUUAUAUAUCCUAA